AUUUUUGAUAAAAAUAAAAUAAAUAGGCUAAUCAUGGAUGUUCACAGGAAAAACUAUAGUACUACGAGGAAAAUGGCGAAGUCCAAGACAACAUAUGCCUUGCUUAGGCCAAAGGACAGCAACCGUAGAAGACGAGUACCCACUCUUGAGGAGAGGAAAGCUGGUGGGGUUUAUGCCAAACAGACUAAAAAGACUAUUAACCCUUUACAAGCACAGAUUGAUUUCCUUACCUCAGGGUAUAUCCAUAGUCAUGGACUUGGGAUGAGUUCCAAGAUUCCUCUCACCGAAAGGAAGCAGUUCAACUCUCCAGGCUUUGAUAACUCAAAUCUUGAAGCGAUAAGAAAGCAAUUUGUGCAGAACUCGAACAAGCUGAGGAACAAUCCAAUCACACAUAAACCAUUCUAUAAUAAGAUUAAAAAGCCAAGGACUGAUAUACCAACUCAGGAUAUUCUAGGAGCUCUCGAGUCAGCAAAACCAGCUGAAAUAGCCCCUGAACCUUCUGAAAGAGAUGUCCUAGAGCCUCAAUCUCCUUUAGAUGAAAGGAAUUUGAUAUACCACGACUCUGACUCCCAAGCUGGGCUUAUAGAUAGAUACGUGACUGAAAAUAACGAGAUUGGAAGGAAACUUGAGAAGAGAAAUACUGCGUCCAGUCCUCAUCUACCUUCAGAGUCAAAGAUUAUCAACAAGGUCUUCAAGAAUAAGCCUUCGUUAAUGACCAUUUUUCCAAGUUAUGGUGUGAAGAUGGAGAAGGAUCCCUUCUCGACCACUAAUCAGCUGACUGAGAUGAAGAAGUGCAAUGAGAAACCUGAGAUGCCAGACAGAGCUCAUUUCCGUCAGGUUUACAACAUGAAGACAUACAUGGAAGAGAUGCUAAAAGCUAAGAAUAUGAGAGGAGAGAAGAAAUAAUUAAUCAAAUUUCAAUUCAGUAUCA